CAGUCCAGGGAUAGCAAGCAUGGAGCGAACAAACAGCAUUAGAAGAAAAACCAUUGCAAGGCAACAUAAGACUGAAGUCAUGAUUGCAGGAGAGCAGCUCAGGUUGAGACUUCAUGAUGGAAAGCUGAUCAAGGAUCGACGGUACCACCUGCGAACUUACCCCAACUGCUUUGUGGCGCAGGAGCUAAUAGAUUGGCUGGUGAGCCACAAGGAGGCUUUGGAUCGAGUGACUGCUGUCAGUCUCAUGCAACACCUCAUGGACCACGACAUUGUUCAUCAUGGUGAGAGGGUUCCAUUCUGCGAUAAGAGGCCUGAAUUCAAAGAUGCCAAACUGCUAUAUCGUUUUCGGAAGGAUGACGGCACAUUUCCCUUCAACACAGAGGUGAAAAUCUUCAUGCGAGGUCAACGGCUAUAUGAAAAUCUCAUAGCAGACAAAAACUCUAUCCUGCAGCUGAGGGAGGAGCAUGGGGUUUCAUAUCAGCGCUCGUUUCCAGGCUACCAGCUGAUUGACUGGCUCCUCCAGAACGGAGAGGUGGAGAGCAGGCGUCAGGGAGUGGACUUAAGCCGGGCAUUGCAGGAGCAUGGCAUCAUUCAGCACGUGACAAGGAAGCAUGACUUCUUCGACAGCGGGCUCCUAUAUCAGUUUUGCAUUAAUUUCCGUCGCCGCCGGCGCCUAUCAGAACUGUUAAAUGAAAGGGAGCAGGACAUUGAUGGGACAUCUACCCAAGAGGAAAGCAAUCUCGACAGUCCUUUCUCUCUACGCAAAGACUCAAUCCAGGAACAUACAGAUGCCUUUCAUUCUGAGAGGCCAACCAAAGAGGUAAAACACAUUGCUGGAAGCAGGCGAUCCAGCUUGAAUACACUCCCGCUUCAUUCUGGUGGAUUUCAAACUCUUGCUCAGCUGUCUUCAAACUCCAUUGUGAGAUGCAAUCCUAAAUCAGUUUUAAAAAGACAUGUCACAUGUGAAGAGUUAUUGGCUCCGGGGGCACCUUUCAUCAAAAAAGUUCUGACGCAGGUGAUUGGGGAUGCUCUAGGAUGGGGCAUUGUCGUCAGAGGCAGGGCUCCAUGUUAUGUGCAAGCCGUGGACCCUGGAAGCCCUGCUGCAGCUGCUGGAGUUAAGAUUCGACAGUUUGUGUGCCAGGUGAAUGGGAGGUGUGUUCUUUACCUGGACUACAAGACAGUGACCAGGCUGGUGAUGACUGGACCUCGUGUUGUUGUGCUGGAAGUUAUGGAGCAACUAGAAUAAAAACAAGACUGAAAAUCAACGUUGAUGUUACAAAAGUAAUACUUUUUGUUUUAUGCUACUACAGCAAACUCUGAUAUGUAAAACUGUAAAUAAAAAUCUUUGGAGAGGUUGUGAGAAUUUUACACCUUGAAAAAAAAAUUAUAUCAAACAGCCAUCUAAUUUAUUCUCUAAAUCAUAACACCACUUCUGUCUUUUCCUGGUUGAACAAAAAGUUUAAAGGCAAAAACCUAAACUCCCACCUAAAAUAGAUUAGCCCUUUUACAUUUUGGUUAAAUCUUUUUUUUUUCUGUGUAUGUUUUAUUCUCUUC